AGGCUCGGAUGUUUCCGUAAGGGCCUCGGGCUGGGGGCUGGCUAGUGCGUCGGGCUCUUCGGCUAGGUAUUCACAGAAGGUGCUUAGGGCCGUUCCGCAGCGUAGGGCGGCAACGCACAUAGGCGGCUGCGCGGCUUUGGCGCACACGCACAGCGCAGCAGCAGGAGCCCGGCACGCAGCGAAGGCAGCAGCGGGGACAAAGGGACCGAUCGGCAGAAACGGGGAGGGGGGCCCGGCAGGAGGCAGCCGGCGCCGGGAGGGAGCGGCAGGAGCCUUUAGCCGGGCGGGCGAGUCUCAUGUGCCUUGGACGCCCGGGGAAGCAACAGCCGCCGCCGCCAGCGCUCUGAAGCCGGGUGACGAGGAGCUGGGGAGCCGCCGCCGCCGUCAUGGCCUGCACCGCCGCCUCCGGCCGCCGCCCGCACUGCAGCCUCCCCAGCCUGAGCCGCCGCCAGCUGCCCCUGCGGGCGCAAUGAGGAGUCGCGCCGGAGCCGCCGCCUCAGCGCCGCACUGAGAAGCCUUAGCGAGCGAGCGAGGCCGCCCGGGCCGCUUCACUCCUACUCCGCCCGCCGCGGAUCCCACCGCCCUUGCCGGAUCCCCUUGCAAGCGGGGCGCAUCACCUCCUGUCGGCGGAUCCGGGAGCCCCGAGAUCCUUCCGCGGGGGAAAAUAGUCCCGUUGCCUGCUGCCUCCCGAAGAGGCGAGGGGGAAGGAAAGGAGAGGGGAGGGGGAAGAGGAGGAAAAAAAAAAAAAAAAAGAAAAGAAAAGCUCAGCGACAAGAUCAGAGGAGCCCGGCCAUAAGCCUCCGCCCCAUGUGACUGGCGCUCAGGGUGGGGGCAGCGAGGCCUAGCAAACCCCCAUCGCUUCCCAGCCGGGAGAAGGCGCGGCGGCGGGGGCACUGCGGACUGGGUGGAGGCGGCUCGGGGACCCGCUGGCGCUGCCGGGAAGGAUGGUUUUAUAGGAGGAGGCGUGAGGCCGAGCCCCGAGAAGCGCGACCCGGAGACCGAGCGGGCAGGGGGCUUCCCGGGGGGGGGGGAGGGGGGGCCGGGAGUUGAAUGUGGCAGGUUUGACCCGUCUCCUCCGGCUGAGCGCGAGAGGAGGAGGAGGAGGAGGAAGGCGAACCCGCGGGAGCCGCCGGCGAGAGGAGCGGCCGAAAGGAAGACGGGAGGGGAGAGAGAGAGAGAGGUGACCAGGGGCAGAGAAAGCGAAAGAGACCAUGUCAGGGCGGCCCAGAACCACCUCCUUUGCGGAGAGCUGCAAGCCGGUGCAGCAGCCCUCAGCCUUCGGCAGCAUGAAAGUUAGCCGAGACAAAGAUGGCAGCAAAGUGACUACAGUAGUGGCAACUCCUGGACAAGGUCCAGACCGACCACAAGAAGUUAGCUACACAGACACCAAGGUGAUUGGAAAUGGAUCUUUUGGUGUUGUAUAUCAAGCCAAACUCUGUGAUUCAGGAGAGCUUGUGGCCAUUAAGAAAGUCCUGCAGGAUAAAAGAUUUAAGAACCGAGAGCUCCAGAUCAUGAGAAAGUUGGAUCAUUGUAACAUUGUCCGAUUGCGUUACUUCUUCUACUCCAGUGGAGAGAAGAAAGAUGAGGUGUACCUCAACUUGGUGCUGGACUAUGUUCCUGAAACAGUAUACAGAGUUGCCAGACAUUAUAGUCGGGCCAAACAGACACUCCCUAUGAUUUAUGUCAAGUUGUACAUGUAUCAGCUGUUCCGGAGUUUAGCCUAUAUCCAUUCCUUUGGAAUCUGUCACCGAGAUAUAAAACCACAGAACCUCUUGCUGGACCCUGAUACAGCUGUUCUAAAACUCUGUGACUUUGGAAGUGCAAAACAGCUGGUUCGUGGAGAACCUAAUGUCUCGUACAUCUGCUCUCGGUACUACAGGGCACCAGAGUUGAUCUUUGGAGCCACUGAUUAUACUUCCAGUAUAGAUGUGUGGUCAGCAGGCUGUGUAUUGGCUGAACUGUUACUAGGACAACCAAUCUUUCCAGGUGACAGUGGUGUGGAUCAGUUGGUGGAAAUAAUCAAGGUUCUGGGAACGCCCACAAGGGAGCAAAUUAGAGAAAUGAAUCCAAACUAUACUGAAUUCAAAUUCCCUCAGAUUAAGGCACAUCCAUGGACUAAGGACUCGUCAGGAACAGGACAUUUCACCUCAGGAGUACGGGUCUUCCGGCCCCGCACUCCACCAGAAGCAAUUGCGCUAUGUAGCCGUCUGUUGGAGUACACCCCCACUGCCCGCCUGACUCCUCUGGAGGCAUGCGCGCACUCUUUCUUCGAUGAACUACGGGACCCAAACGUCAAGUUACCAAAUGGGCGAGAGAAACCUGCACUCUUCAAUUUCACCACUCAAGAACUGUCAAGUAACCCAUCUCUGGCUUCGAUCCUCAUCCCUGCUCAUGCCCGGAAUCAAGCAGCUGCUUCCACCCCUACAAAUGCUACAGCAGCUUCAGAUGUUAAUGCAGGAGAACGAGUUCAGACCAAUAGUGUAGCUACAGCAUCAGCCUCCAACUCCACCUGAACCGGUACCAAGCAGCCAGCUGCACAGGAAAAAUCACCAGUAAUUUGAGUCUUGCUCAGCAACACUGGUCACAUUUGGAAAGAAAAUUAAAAAGAGGAAAAAAAAACCAACAAACCAACCAACCUGUUCAUUUUAGUGUUCAAUUUUUUAUUAUUAUUAUUGUUGUUCUUAUUUAACCUUGUAAAAUAGCUAUAAAUACAAACCAGUUUCAUUGUAUUCUCACUUUGCAGGGUGUCCGGGGCAGGGGACUAGGUGGGGGGAGUAGGGAAAGCGGAGCAAUACAACACACCAAUGUCUCUCCCCUCGACAAUCUCUUCAUGUUGGAAGUUUGCUGUCGUGUACUUCAGAACCAGGACUCUUGCCUCAUACCCCCUCCACAACCGAAGGAAGGAAGAAAAAAAAAAAAAGCGAAACAAAAGAAAACCCACCCCCAAACCUCAUUCUCUGCUGAAGUUCUUUUUUUUAACCUCUUUUUUUAUUUUCUUUUUAAGUGAAGUUUCAGACUUUGAUGUAGUGCACAGCUUGAAUUUGGUCAGGAGCUUAGCAGGGGUCAUUCGGCGGAGCUCAGCGUUCCUCGUAAGCGAAUCCAUAUCCUAGGAUGUCUGAAGAACUGCCCUGGCUCAGCAAGGGCAGAGGGCGACGUGGUAGGAAAAUAGGUUGCCUGGGG